UUUAAUGUUUACAGAAUGAAGAGGAACAGUUUAUCUAUUGUGAAUAAAAUUGUCCAAUCGUCACCAGCAGUGAAACAGCCAAAACUUGGGUUCUACUCCUCUCUCAACCAAACUCAUAUGUACACUGUUCUUCUAGACUGGGGGAGUUUGCCUCACCAUGUAGUAUUACGCAUUUUUCAGUAUCUUCCUUUAAUAGAUCGGGCCCAGGCAUCUUCUGUAUGUAGGAGGUGGAAUGAAGUUUUUCAUAUUCCUGACCUUUGGAGAAAGCUUGAAUUUGAACUGAACCAGUCAGCUACUUCAUAUUUUAAGUCCACUCAUCCUGAUCUCAUUCAGCAGAUCAUUAAAAAGCAUGCUGCCCAUCUCCAGUAUGUCAGCUUUAAGGUUGAUAGCAGUACUGAAUCAGCAGAAGCUGCCUGUGAUAUACUUUCUCAGCUGGUAAAUUGUUCUAUCCAGACUUUGGGCUUGAUUUCAACGGCCAACCCAAGUUUUAUGAAUGUGUCAAAGUCUCAUUUUGUGUCAGCACUUACAGUUGUUUUUGUCAACUCAAAAUCACUGUCGUCAAUCAAAAUUGAAGACACACCGGUGGAUGAUCCUUCUUUGAAGAUUCUGGUGGCCAAUAAUAGUGAUACUCUAAGACUCCUAAAAAUGAGUAGCUGUCCUUAUGUCUCAUCUGAUGGAAUCCUUUGUGUAGCUGAUCAUUGUCAAGGCCUUAGAGAACUGGCAUUGAAUUAUUACAUUCUAAGUGAUGAACUUCUCCUGGCCCUUUCACGUGAGACUCAUGUUAACCUUGAACAUCUUCGAAUUGAUGUUGUGAGUGAAAAUCCUGGAAAAAUUAAAUUUCAUUCUAUUAAAAAACAAAGUUGGGAUGCACUUAUCAAACACUCCCCUGGAGUUAAUGUUGUUAUGUACUUCUUUUUAUAUGAAGAGGAAUUUGAGACAUUCUUCAAAGAAGAAUCCCCUGUUACUCACCUUUAUUUUGGUCAGUCAGUAAGCAAAGCAAUUCUAGGAAGGGUAGGUCUUAACUGCCCACGACUAAUUGAGUUAGUGGUAUGUGCUAAUGGUCUUCAGACUCUUGAUAACGAACUUACUUGUAUUGCUGAACACUGUAAAAACUUAACAGCCUUGGGCCUCAGUGAAUGUGAAGUUAGCUGCAGUGUGUUCAUUGAGUUUGUGAGACUGUGUGGGAGAAAGCUAACUCAGCUCUCUGUGAUGGAGGAAGUUCUGAUUCCAGAUGAUGAUUAUAGCCUAGAUAAAGUUCACACUGAAGUCUCCAAAUACUUGGGAAGAACGUGGUUUCCUGAUGUCAUGCCUCUCUGGUAAUUGGCUACCAAAGAUUCUUAACUAUUUUUUUAAGUCAAUAAGAUUAGCUUCUUUCUGUCUAUGCAAAUAUAAAUUUUAAGAUGUAUUGCUGAAAUAUUUUAGGUAAAAUAUUUUAUUGUUUGCAAACUGUCUUAACAGAUUGCAGCAGAAACAUUUGAAAAAAUAGGAGAAGUUUGAAAAGCCAGAAAUCUCUGUAAAUAAGGCACAGACACUGUAUUGUGGAUUAGAUAGUUGAUAUGCUAAAGACUACAGGUGGUUUCUAGAAAAGUUCCUCAGCCUUCCUUGAAGGCAUAUUUUAGUUUGCUUAAUAAAUUAAUAAUAUUGAGC